AUGGAUUCCCUCAUCAUAGCGGCUCUGGCACUGUGCUCUCUAACGGCACCAGCCUAUGGGGACAAAGGCUCCAGCAAAGCCCGGAGUUGUUCGGAUAUCCGGCAGUUUUACGGUGGAAAGGGAUUCCCUCUGGAUGAUGUGCCUCAAAUUGAAAUAUCAGGGGAGCACCUACGCAUCUGUCCUCAGGGCUACACCUGCUGUACCAGUGACAUGGAGGACAAAUUGGCCAGUCAAAGCCGUACGGAGAUAGAGGGAGUUCUUAAAGAAGCUGGUCGAGCCAUUCAAACUGAACUUGCUGAACAGCAAAAUGUCUUUGAUGGUUACAUCGACGAGUUGCUCAACCGCUCCAGCUCAACUCUGCAGGAGACCUUCACUUCAACUUUUGGCAUUCUAUAUUUGCAGAGUGCCCAUGUGUUCUCUGACCUAUACACAGAUUUGAGGCACUACUACCGAGGCUCCAAUCUGGACCUGGAAGACGCACUCAAUGAUUUCUGGACCAAGCUACUAGAGAAGCUCUUCUCCCAGGCAAACAAGCAAUAUUCAAUUGGUGAGGACUACUUGGAGUGUGUGUCAAAGCAGAUGGAGACACUACGGCCCUUUGGCGAAACUCCCCACAAAAUGACGUUACAGGUCACUCGCACAUUUGUGGCCGCACGCUCAUUUAUUCAGGGACUGGCGAUUGGUGGAGAAGUGGUGCGCAAAGUGUCUCAGGUGCCACUGAGCCAAGAAUGCAUGCGGGCCAUGAUGAGAAUGACUUACUGUCCCCACUGCCGUGGCAUGCCCUCCGCGAAACCUUGUUCCAACUAUUGCAGCAAUGUCAUGAAGGGUUGCCUAGCCAACCAAGCUGAUCUCAACAGUGAAUGGAGGAAUCUAGCAGAAGCAAUGGUGGACGUGGCAUUGCACCGGUUGGAUACCAUGGAUAGUUUGAUCCUCUCUCUCCCAAAUCAGAUUUUAGAGGCCAUGUCUACCAUGAUGGAAAACCUACUAACGGUUAAUGUCAAGUUGUUCCAGGCAUGCGGUAACCUCAGAGAGGGUGGAACAAGCGGCACAGGAGCAGAGGAAAGUAUGAAGAGAGGAAGGGUUACAGUCGAGGACAGUCUGGGAGACAGCUCUAAUAAAAUGGCAAAGUUGGUGUCUGAUGUGGUCAAAAAACUGAAAGAGAUGCAGCCAUACUGGGUUUCUCUUCCAAAUAUUAUCUGCAGCAAAAGAGUGGCUACUGGUGCGGGAGCGGAGGAUAAGUGUUGGAAUGGCAUCAGUCGUGCCAGGUACCUGCCUGAGGUGAUGGGUGAUGGCCUUGCCAGUCAGAUCAACAACCCCGAACUGGAAAUCGACAUCACCAAACCAGACAUGACAAUACGGCAACGAAUAAUGCAGCUGAAGAUCAACAUUCACCGCUUAACGAAGGCUUUCAGUGGCCAGGAUGUGGACUUUCAAGAUACCAGUGAUGAUGGCAGCGGCUCAGGAAGUGGCAUGUGUGCUGAUGGAAUGUGUUCCAGAGGGCCACGUCUUGUAGCCAUCACUGAACGUCCCAUAUUCUAUGCCUACCCUCCAGAAAACAAGAAAGUGAAAGCUUCAGCCCAGCAGAACCUGCCAUCCAUUGGCAUCUUCCUGCUUGUAAUCCUCAUUUUGCUCCUCCGGCGAUAA